GGCAAAUAGACACCUCAGUCUAGCAUUUUUCCUCCCUCCCUCACUCAAUUUGCUAAUAAUUUCUAAUUGCUAAUAAUUGGCAUUACAACAACCAUUUGCUCCGUUGGUUGCACCCAGCCACAACUGCAAUCCUGUUCUCCGCUACCUGGGACCAGUUAACUACGAGGAGUCAUUCUUUUUCUUGGACUAAGAGCUCUUGGUAAGCGCCUCUUAUUCGGGUUCCGGCGCUGAGCAAGCGCAGAUGGGCCAGGCCGGGAGAAAGUUGCGGAUGGUGGGGAGAAGAGAGAAAGAGAAAACGGCUCCUAUCGCCGAGGAAAGAGUUAACGGCGCUCGAAACCUAACACCCUGCGGAGCCCGAAGAGGGGAGAAAAGGGAAGGGAGCGUGAAGAAGGGAUAAGAGUCUCUCCGGCGGGCUCGGUGGUUGGAGGCGCCUUUGUGCCAGCAAGAAGCUGUUAAAGAAACCCCAGGCGAGCUUCGCGAGCAGAGGUCACCCGAUGCGCAGGAGGGACUGAGCAGCGAGCGGAGGAAAGAGAAACGGCUUGCGCUAAGGGACCUGCGGCGACGCGCAUCUUCACUGGGUUCACAAUGAAAGCCCUCCAAAUCAGCAUGCCCCUGGCUUUUCUUGUGCUCCCAUUCUUUGUGCUUGGGGCUCCCGGUGAGGAGCUUGGUCGGCAAGAAGUCCCCACCAACUUGAAUGGUUGCAAGAGAUGUUGUGAUUCUCUAGAUGUCCCUGGGUCCUCCGAAGCCAGUCUUGGUACAGACAGACCUCAAGCUUUGCCAUUCGUAAUGCCAGAAGUUCGUCCAUAUAUCAAUAUCACAAUUCUGAAAGCUUUCUUUCCUGUCCUCCUUUCCACAGGAGAAAAAGGAGAUCAAGGAGAGUCUGGAGUUCCUGGGAAAUGGGGCAAAGAGGGACCCCCUGGUGAUCGGGGACCCCAGGGUCCAAAGGGCAGCAAGGGACAAAUGGGGGCACCUGGAGAUCCCUGCAAGCACCAGUAUGCAGCUUUCUCAGUGGGCCGGAAGAAGGCUCUCCACAGUAAUGAAGGCUACCAGGCUUUGAUCUUUGACACUGUCUUUGUGAACCUCUAUAGCCACUUUGACAUGUUUAAGGGUAAGUUCUACUGCUAUGUGGCUGGCCUGUAUUUUUUCAGUCUCAAUGUCCACACCUGGAAUUUCAAGGAGACCUACAUGCACGUCAUGCGGAAUGACCAAGAGGAAGUCAUUCUCUAUGCUCAACCCAGUGACCGCAGCAUCAUGCAAAGCCAGAGUUUAAUGCUGGAGCUACGGGAGAACGAUGAGGUUUGGGUGCGUCUGUACAAGCGACAGCGUGACAACGCCAUCUACAGUGACGAUGUGGAUAUCUACAUCACUUUCAGUGGUUAUUUGAUCAAGCCCAGUCUUGAAUAGCUGUUUUCCUCCAAAGCACAAAUUCAACCUCUAAACAUCCUCUUGAUUUCCUGCGAACGUCUGCAAAUAAUACAGAAAAUGACCAAAAAAUCUGAAAAAAAGAGAGAGCACUGAAGAAACUCUUUUUUUCUUUUGAGAAUGCUAUCUGAAAAAAAAAUAUUAAUGGGUCAAAAAAACUCCAGAAAUUUGCUGAUUUAUGUGUCCUUCUCAAGACUGGAUGUGAUUGUAAGUAUGGACUGGAAACCCUAAGCAGUCUCGUGAAAUUUCUGUACCUGCUAACUCAGAAUCAUUUGGUAAACAUCUUUGUUUGGACAUAACAUUUCCUAAGCAGAAUGUUCUGAAUUAGAUUGUUUACAUGAGCUAAACUCUCUGAGGUAUCUCAAGCGAGCUAAGUUACGGUAUCUUAUCUACAAAUCUACAAACCAAAUGUAGGUCAGCCAAAAUAUGUUAUUUUGGCAUUUCAAGUGCCUGACAGCCCCUCUUCUUUUUGCUAAGAAUUCUUGGUGGGAAAACCUUAUAUGACUGAUAGUUGCCAUCACCUUCACAAAAUUUACCUUUGUAAAUGUUCUAUAUGGUUGGCAAAUGUAACUGUGAUCUGUGCAUCUGUCUAAUGGACAUGUAAUACACUGUAUAACACUGUAGGGAUCGCUUCCGUCACUAAACAUAUGCAGGGUUAGGAUUUAGCCCUGGUGGCAAAAGAGUAAAAAUAAUGCUUCCAAUUUAUCCCCCAAAUCAGAAGAUUCCUAAAGAGGUUCCAUGCUAGGUGCCUAAAAUUAUAUUGUAAUUGAUUGAAUCGCAACAAAUCUAUAAAUGUAUUACAACAGGAUCCAUUUUCCUUCAGCCGACCUAGAUUGCUGUUACAGAUUUUCCCAUAGGCAGAUCACACAAAGGGCAAGGAGGGCAACAUAAGUGGGUUUUCCUUCAAUAUCACCUAUGGCCCGUGAUAGAAUUAGUGAUUGGAGCUGGGCAGGGCUUCAGAUUCUAAGGGAUAAAUUCUCUGAAGAAUAUCUACAUAGCACCUGGCAGUAACUUGUUAAAGGUAAGAGAUCUAUUCCAGAGAUCAUGCUGCAACUGCAUUUCUAGGAAAAGAUGUAGAUAUUUAAGAUAUUUCCAACAUGUGCUAUAUGGUGCUCCCCAUGCCCCAAAGCAGGGAUCUCCAACCUUGGCAACUUUAAGCCUGGUGGACUUCAACUCCCAGAGUUGAAAUCCACCAGGCUUAAAGUUGCCAAGGUUGGGGACCCCUGCCCCAAAGUAUCUUUCCCCUUGAAGCCUAAGAUGCUAUGAAGCCGCUACUGGUUAGCUGGAUAAACUAUUAAUUGUAAGAGCAAAGGAUCCCAAGGAAUUAUAAGCAAAAGAAAGAUACAAGUGGCUUGCAUAUUAGCUUCUCUCAUUGAGGGCAGGAAGUGCCAUUUCUACAUAUGGAGACAGGCUGGCAUUCUCUUGCUAAAGCUACAAAAGAAAUAGGAUACUCUGAGGAUGGAAAAACAUGAAGGAAAGAAAGUUUCUAGAGGGAGCUUUUACCUUUUGAUUCUCACAUGUGAGAUCUGCAAUAAAAUAUGGCAAAAUGCGUACUCGUUCAAAAUCCAGCAUACCCUCUUCCAAGAAAGAACAUUUUAUUCUACUUCUUCCUUAGUUUUCCAUUCCCCUGCUCUCCCAAGAGUCACCAUCAAAUAGGUACAAAAUAGGCUGUUUGGGAAAUGGAACGUUUGGAAGAAUCAUCCAUGCAGUCAUUCAGAGAAUGGUCUGAAACUUAACCUUCCAACCAAAAAUGUCUCUUAUCACAACAGGAUAAAUCACACUUGUUCAAGGGGAUAUAAAGGCACAUUUCUUUUCCUAUCAAUCCCAGUUUCCAUUCUGCCAUUAAGUAUAAGUUAGAUGACACACACACACCCUUAUAUUCCCCAAAUCACUGCUUAUCUGUUAAAUGUGAAUUAUAGUGCUGACCUACCUUGGAGAGUUGUGGUGAGGAUGCUAUCGAUCAUCUUCUACCAACCAGGUACCUUGCAGAUAAGGCAGGAUUACAACCUCCAAUGCAUCUCCUUCUGGAGAUGCCAGUUUGGGGAAGAUUACUUUAAGUAAAGCACUGAGCACUUCCUAAAAUCUGACUUAGAUGCUAAAGAAUUUCUAUUACAAUGCACUGCAUUUUUUGUCUAUAGAUGGGGAAGAUACACAGACCCUGCUAUAUGCAUUUGCUGACUAUUCCACUCACAGGUAACUUAACUAAUUGCAAACCAAGAGGCUUCUCAGUUUAUUUUUUUUAAAAAAAGGAAAUGGACAGGACAUGCAUUUUUUUUUAUUUUGACCCAGUGGGUAACCUUGUAAGGCAGGCUAUGGGAAGUAUCGGCAUGCCUGUUUCUGUAAUACAGGGAAAGCUGUAGCUGAUUGCAUAACAAUCUGAAUUCCUUCUCUCUGCAAAGUAGUAGUUUAGAAACCAGCUGUUGGCUAUAUGCAACACAUGGCGUCUCUGUGUCUCCAGAGGGAACAACCAGAAUUUCUAGUACUGAAUUGCUUCCAGAUGUGAGAAUUGAACUCUUUGAGCCUUUGCCUCCAUUCCUGUCUCAGCAGAACUCCCUCAAGUGCUUCUAUGGGGAAGCAGUGUCUAAUGUUACAAGGACAAAGUUUGUGUAUAGUUGUUAUGAGGCUCCAGGCCUACUUUUUGGUGCUAUAUAAAACCUUCAUCAUUCUUGGUGCUAAAGAGACCUUUUUGAUGCAAAAUUUGAAAAAUAUUUUGAAUUUGCUGGGAGAUACGCUGGGGAUAACAUAAAACAGGAAGGCCUAUGGAAUAUAUGGUGCUUUGUGGAAAUCAUCAAACAAUGGUUUGUGUGUAUAUGUGUGUAUCUUUUAAAUAUUAAAACUUCUUGAUUGCACUUUGAGUUGUCCUUUUCUUUGUUCCUAUGACAAAGAUUUUCUAUUACAAGAUUUUAGCAUCCUUAGGAAGAGUACAAAUAUCACUUCUGGUGGAAAUAUUUCUAAAAUAUAGAUAAACCAGCACGCAGACUGAUGGGAGAUAGCCAUUACACAUACUGUGAAAAGCGUGUUUUUUGGCAUGAGGAAAAUGAGAAUAAUAAACAGUUUCCAUUUGUCGUCAAACACCCCAAGGAAACCCCUUUUUGUGCACUGGCCUACCUUGCAGAAACUGAAAAGAUGGAAAAGAGGACAAUAUAAUUUGAUUACCAGUUACUAAGAGUUAUCUAGUUGGAAGCAUCCUCAAAUGUGGCUUGCUUUACCCAAGGCUCUGAUCAUGUGUAAAAAUCUCUUUAAGUAUUUGCCCUUUGGUAGUGUCAAGUGUCUACAAAAGGGGUGAAAAGGGAUACAAAGGGAGAAAUAAGUCCCUGAAUGUUCCCACAACUACACACAGAUGUAGUAAAUUUGUGGUGAAUUGGUAUUUUGAUUAGGAAAACUAUUGGAAAAAAAUCUAGUUUAUGAUUUUGUGUAGAUUUUUUUUCCUCAUAGUAGUAGUAGUAAAAUGAUAGUGUUCAGAUAUGCUCGGUUUUUGAGCACUUGUGCUCAAAUUCAGCUACUGACCAUUUGUGGGAAAGUCCUGAAAACACUGUCCUUAAAUAAGAUGCAUGGAGAAUCAGUGUUCUCUGUACUGCUUGUAAGUGCUGAAAAAUAUUCAUCCCUUCACAGGUUGUAGGAUGAAAAUUUACUGAAAAUUGGAGCUUUUAUGUGAAAAUGCAAUGAAUGUCCCACUUUCCUUUUCUUCAGCACAUAUUGAAAUGAAUAUGCCUUUUCUAGGAUUUUAACAAAUCUCACUCCAAAUUUAUUGAAAUUUAUUGUCAUGUACAACUCAUAUGUUAUAUUAAGACUUACAAUCAAUGUAUUAAAUGUAAGAAAAUAAAAGAUUAUGAAAACAUGCUUCAUUUUAAAAAGCUUUUUCUUUCUUUUUUAGAAAACCAAAAUAGUCAUAGGUUCCAGCUAAGAGUUGUGCUUUGUGUGAAAUCAGAUAUGCUACUGGCAAUCCUAUUUUGUAUGAAUAUUUCUUCUUUUUACCUAUAUAAAAUAGGUAGAAUAGAAGGUCUGAUUUUAGCAUCAAAUAUACAUGCCUUUACUUGACUUGACUCCUUGACUUGACUGCCUGGAGGAAUCCCUGCAGUAUUUUUAGCAAGAUUUCAGAAUUAGUUUGCCAUUACCUGUUUCCUAGGAUUGACAGAGCAGUUGGCCCAAACUGGCUUUUCCCUUUCUCCCUCCCCCCUCUCUCCCACCAGAGUCU